AUGGCUUUAAAUGAUAUUGUUGAAAAAGAUUUACAAACCUUACCGACAAUUAAAGAAGUAAUUCAAUCAACACAAGGAUCUAAACAUUUUACUGUUUUAGAUCUUAAGGAUGCAUUUUACUCCAUUGAAUUAGUAGAGGAAGAUAAAUAUAAAAGUGCAUUUGAAGUAUUUGGAUAUGUUUAUGAAUGGAAUUCGAUGCCUAUGGGGUUUAAAAAUUCAAGUCAAAUAUUAACACGAGUUAUGACAAAGAUAUUAAGUGACGUAAAUAGAGAUAAUUUUAGCAUGUUUAUAAAUGAUUUAAUUAUUCAUGGAAAAACACAGGAGGAGCAUGAUAAUAUUUUACAUAAAAUAUGUGAAAUUUUAGAAAAAAACAAUAUGAGAAUAAAUUUAAAAAAGAUCCAGUAUAAUAGAAAUGAAGUUGAGAUACUUGGAGUGAUUGUGAAUGGUAAAGAAGUAAUACCAAAAGAAAUUAAAAACAAUGAAACAUUUCAGUAUACUCGACCAUCAUCAGUGUCAGAUUUAAGAAGAUUUAUUGGAGUUUGUAAUUGGUAUAGAGAAUUUAUCCCACAGUUUGCAACUAAAACUUUUAAGUUGACUAACGCUUUAAAGAAAGAUUAUAUGAGAAAAAAAUUUUUAUGGAAUGAUAAUUUAGAAAAAGAAUAUUUAAAUAUGAUAGAAGAGAUAAGAAAUUUGAAAAAUACAUACUUACCUGACUACACCAAAGAAUUUUAUUUGAGAACAGAUGCUUCAAGAACAGCACUUGGGGCAGUUUUAAUGCAGAAAUCAGAAAAUGACAAAUAUCAGCCAAUAUGCUGGGCUUCUAAAAAGCUUACAAUAGCACAAACAAAAUAUGUAAUUAGUGAAUUAGAAAUGCUUGCAUUAUGCUGGGGUAUAAGUAAGUUUGCAUAUGAAUUAAAAGGACGUAAAUUUAUUGUUGAAACUGAUCAUAAAACAUUACUUUCUAUUAGAGACAAACUAGAGUAUAACAACGAUAGAAUUAAUAGAUGGAUUGAAAAGAUUAACAAUUAUGAUUUUAAAGUAAAUUAUAUUUCUGGUAAAAAUAUGGGCAUUGCAGACUUUUUAAGUCGUCAACAUGAAGGAGAAAUUAUAAAAGAAAAGAAAGAGAAGAUUAAGGAACAUAAAGACUUCUGGUUAAAUGAUAAAAAUGAAGUUAAAACUAUACCACCUAUGGAAGAAAGAAAAUCAUUAAUAAAAAAGGUACAUGAAGAUAUGUGUCAUAGAUCACAUUUAACUAUUUAUAAAGAAAUGAUUAAGAAUUAUUACUGGCCCAAAAUGAUUGAUUUAAUUAAAAAACUAUGUAAUGAAUGUAUUAAAUGUCAAGAGAUAAAUAGAAAAAAUAGAAACCCUGUAGUUUUUAUAUCAACUAGAAAAAAAUUUGAAAAAUUUGGUAUAGACAUAAAAGAAUUUGAAAAAGGUGAUAAACUUAUGUUAGUAAGAAUAGAUUAUCAUACGAGAUAUGGAUUUGCAGAGAUAAUCAAAGAUAAAAAGGCAAAAACAAUAACAAGUAAACUUGAAUCAUGGUUUAAUGGCAUAUACCCAGAAGAAAUAAUAAUUGAUAAUGCAAGAGAAUUUAAAUCCUUUGAGUUAAAUGAAUUUUGUACAAAAAAUAAUAUUAACAUUCAUUAUACAAGUCUGGAAGCUCACAGAAGCAAUGGAAGAGUUGAAAGACUUAUUAGCACUUUAGUGAAUAUGAUUUUAAAAAGUAAUGAGGCAUUUUGGAAUGGUAAAGUUAAACAAGCAAUUAAUGCAUACAAUAACUGUUUUCAUAGAGUAAUUCAAUGCACACCUAAUGAAGCAUAUGAAAAUCCUUGUAAAAUUAAAUGUAAUGGUAUUAAUGAAUAUGCUGAUGAAAUUCAUUGUUAA